AUGGUAGGCUUCAUCGCCACAGUGAGGCCUAUCGUCAUGGUGAGGCCCACCAUGGUGAGACACAUCACCAAGACGAGCCUUACCACUCUGAAGAGUCCAACUACUCUAGUGGCCCCCACCACCGUAGUAGGUUCCAUCACCAUGAAGGCUACCACCAUGGAGGGCCUUCUCACCAUGAAGAGGCCUAUUCCCACCAAUCCAAUGAGGGGUCCUACUACAGUGGCUUGCCUCACCCCCAUGGUGAGCACUACCCUGGGGAGUACCACCAUGGCGAGCGUCCCCACCAUGGUGAGCAUCACCACCGUGCGUUACGGGGAGUACCAUCGUGAUGCCUCCCAAUCAUUUGGCCCACACUCAUCCCACAGCAUGACCAUUCGCUCCAUCAGCUCUGUAACAGCCCUCCACUACAGUAUGCCACACAGUGAGGGCUCAGACCACUCUCAGUCCCACAGUGCAGUUCACUCAAGAGGCUUUCAGGCCUCCAGCAAAGUCUAUCCCCAGGCCACUUCCACCUCAGAAAUGGAAAACUGGUCCAAAGAUGAGCAAUUUCAGAAGCAAAAAACUGCCCGGAUCCAGCGCACUCACAAGAGACUGCACACUGGGGACCUGUCCCAUCGGCUGUGUGAAAAGUUAAGCUUCUUCAUUCAGUGGCUCCGGGAAAGGCUCCAGUACCUGAUCAACUCCCUGGCCUUCGAAGCCUUCAUCUUCCUGAUCAUCUGCCUCAACACCAUCAUGCUGGUGGUCCAGACCUUUGCUGAAGUGGAGGUCCGGGGCGAGUGGUACUUCAUGGCCAUGGACUCCAUCUUCUUGUGCAUUUACAUAGUGGAAGCCGUGCUGAAGAUCAUGGCCCUGGGCUUCAAGUAUUUUUCUGAUGCUUGGAACAAUCUAGACUUCUUCAUCAUGGUCAUGGCCGUGCUGGACUUCCUGCUCGUGCAGCUCAACUCCUCCUUCUCACGCUCCGUCUAUAAACAAAGCAUCUAUCGGGUCCUCAAGGUCUUCAAGAGCCUGCGUGCCCUGAGAGCCCUCCGGGUCCUGCUGAGGUUCAGCAUCCUCACCAGCCUCCAGGAAGUGACCGGGACGCUGGCCCGGUCCCUGCCGUCCAUCACGGCCAUCCUCAUUCUUAUGUUCACCUGCCUCUUCCUCUUCUCCGUGGUGCUCCGGGCACUCUUCCGCCAAUCGGAUCCCAAACGCUUCCGGAACAUCUUCACCACCAUCUUCACGCUCUUCACCAUGCUCACCCUGGACGACUGGUCCCUCAUCUAUCUGGACAGCCGGGCCCAAGGCGCCUGGUACAUCAUUCCCAUUCUCAUGAUUUACAUCAUCAUCCAAUACUUCAUCUUCCUCAACCUGGUGAUUGCUGUCCUGGUGGAUAACUUCCAGAUGGCCCUGCUCAAAGGCCUGGAGAAAGUGAAGCAGGAGAGGGCCGCCCGGAUCCACGAAAAGCUGCUGGACGACUCGCUGACAGAACUCAGCAAAGCAGAGGCUGAAGAGAAGGUGAGUGAAGAGACCAUGCGUAAGCAGCUGAUCGAGAAGAAAUUUGGGAACAUGACUGAGAAGCAGAAGGAGCUGCUGUUCCACUUCCUGCAGCUGGUGGCUGGGGUGGAGCACCAUCAACAGAAGUUCCGAUCCCAGGCGUGCGUCAUCGAUGAGAUUGUGGACACUACUUUUGAGGCUGGAGAAGAGGACUUCAGGAAGUGA